AUGCCUGGGAUAGGCAGAAUAGGCAAGCCUAUUGGGUUUGCAAACCACAGCGAAGUAGGAGAGGCGAUGUUGAAGCUUUCCGCCCUCCCUCUCGGAUCUGUGGAGCCCUCGCAGGCUUCUACAGCGCAGAUCCGGGCGAAGGACUUUGUAUUCACAUAUAUUUGCUUUCGCUGGAGACGACUAUCCCGAGACGCUGGCGACGACAGACUCACUGAGUGCCUCUCAAUUCAGUUCACCUUCAGUUCACUACCUGCUCUCCAACUCUCCUGUCUACACGCCAGGUCCACAGGGCACCUCAUUCUUAAUGAGGACACGUGUGCAGGGCCGGCCAAGCACCCAACACCCAGACACAGUCCGCGGGACCUGGCUGGGGGCUCCGCAUGCCUAGGCUGCCUGCCUGGCCUGGCCUUCAGGUGCAGCUUUGGCAGACAAAGCCUCAAACUACUUAAAGACCAAAAAGCCCAGGACUCCUUGUGGAGGAUGCGCUACCUUUCAUACACUCACAGCGUGGCCUGUUAUCUUGCACAUGCCCAUGCUCAAGCAAAACACACCCCAAAUGCCGGAGCACAACAUUCGGUCCUCCGCACCCCACAAGGAAAACUAGCCAGCAAGAAGUCCUGGGUACAAGGGGUAACUGGUAUGAGCCAGUAUUCAUGGACUACCCGAAGAAUGGUAGAUUUGGGGAUGGUCUGGGUAUCCCACUCCUUUAUGGUAAUACCAGAAUGCCCCUACCUGCUGUUAGGACGGGACUUACUGACAAAGAUUGGAGCUCAGAUAACUUUCAGACAAGGGGGGCCUCAGGUCACCGAUGGCAAGGGCCACCCCAUCCAGGUCCUGACCAUGAAACUGGAGGAUGAAUACCGCCUCCACCAGGAGGCACUCCCAAGAGAGGAUAAUAUAGACAGAUGGCUACAAGAAUUCCCCUCGGUUUGGGCAGAGACGGGGGGGGGGGGGAUAGGACUAGCUGCUCACAGGACCCCGGUCCUGGUAGAGCUCAAGCCAGGAGAAAGUCCGGUAAGGAUCAAACAAUACCCCAUGUCUCAGGAGGCCCUGAAGGGGAUCCAGCCACACAUCCGGAGACUACAAAGCCUAGGGGUACUAAUUCCUUGCCAGUCUCCCUGGAACACCCCCUUACUGCCAGUCAAAAAGCCUCACACAAAUGACUACCGACUGGUACAAGACCUCCGGGAAGUAAAUAAGAGGGUCACGGACAUACACCCGACUGUUCCCAACCCAUAUACUCUCUUGAGCUCCUUGGCGCCCUCCAGGGUCUGGUAUACUGUACUAGAUUUAAAGGACGCCUUCUUCAGUCUGCCGUUGGCACCCCAGAGCCAACCCUUGUUCGCCUUCGAGUGGCAUGAUCCGGAGGAGGGCUACAGUGGGCAACUCACCUGGACACGGCUACUUCAGGGAUUCAAAAAUUCACCCACCAUCUUCGACAUGGCAUUACAGGAGGACCUGGGUGAGUACAGAAGGGAGCACCCUGGCCUCACCCUCCUACAGUACGUAGAUGACAUCCUGAUUGCUGCCAACAUGGCCAAAGACUGUGAGUGAGGGACCCAGGAC